GCAUGUUUUUACAUAAUGUUGUUUUCUCUCUGCAGAGAUCCAAGAAAGAUUGUCCUAAAGAAGGGGUCGACUGGUCUGGGCUUCAACAUUGUGGGAGGGGAGAAUGGCGAGGGGAUAUUUGUCUCCUUCAUCCUGGCGGGGGCACCGGCCGACCUCAGCGGGGAGUUACGGAGGGGCGACCAAAUCUUGUCGGUGAAUGGUAAGGAUUUAGUAAUGGCCACACAUGAAGAGGCAGCGGGUGCCCUGAAGAUGGCCGGGGACACAGUGGAACUAGUAGUACAGUACCGACCUGACGAGUACAACAGAUUUGAGGCCAAAAUUCAGGACUUGCGGGAACAGAUGAUGAACACAAGUACAGGCAGUUUACGCACCACUCAGAAGAGGACACUUUAUGUCAGAGCGUUGUUUGAUUAUGAACCAACCAAAGACAGUGGUUUACCCAGUAAAGGCCUGGCCUUUAAGUAUGGUGAUAUUCUCCAUGUAACCAAUGCUAGUGAUGACGAGUGGUGGCAGGCCCGCUAUGUGACCCCCGACGGGGAGGAGGAAGGAAUGGGGAUCAUUCCAAGUAAACGACGGGUAGACAGAAAAGAAAGAGCACGGUUAAAGAACGUUAAAUUUACAGGCAAAACAAGUGAAAAGACAAAUGGCAAUGUGCAACAUGUCAAUUCAAAUGAGAAGAAAAAGAAGAAUUUUUCAUUUUCCAAACAUUUCCCAUUUAUGAAGAGCAAGGACCAUGCGGUUGGCGAGGACAUCAGUGCUGACGAACGUGGCGCUGACAGUGAGGCCAGCUAUCGUGGAGAUGAACCUAUUCUCUCAUACGAGGCUGUAGUGCAGCAGGAGUUGAAAUACACCAGACCUGUCAUCAUUCUGGGGCCACUAAAGGACAGAAUCAACGAUGACCUCAUCUCAGAAUUCCCAGACAAAUUCGGCAGUUGUGUUCCACAUACGACACGAGCCCGGCGCGAGUACGAAGUGGACGGCCGAGAUUACCAUUUUGUAGACUCACGGGAACAAAUGGAGCGUGACAUCCAAAAUCACCUGUUUAUUGAAGCAGGACAGUAUAAUGAGAACCUCUAUGGAACCAGUGUAGCGUCAGUGAAAGAGGUGGCAGAAAAGGGGAAGCACUGUAUCCUGGAUGUGAGUGGGAAUGCCAUUAAGAGACUACAGGUGGCUGGACUGUAUCCAGUAGCCAUCCUUAUCAAACCCAAGUCCAUUGAAUCCAUAAUGGAUAUGAACAAAAGAAUAACAGAAGAACAAGCCAGAUUAACCUAUGAAAGAACCAUGAAACUGGAACAAGAAUUCGGGGAAUACUUUACUGCUGUUGUUCAAGGUGAUACGGCAAAUGAGAUCUAUGCAAAGGUUAAGGAAGUGAUCCGCGACCAGUCAGGGCCCACUAUCUGGGUACCAGCCAAGGAAAAGUUAUGAGCAGGGGGUCAGAGGUCGUGUGGUUACUGAAGCAGAUCAACCUUUGUUCAGUGAUCCAUAAACUGCCAAUGAACUUUGACAUUCUUACCAAAUCAUGUGUGAUGCAGGCCAAGGGAAACUAAUCUACAAACCUGGGCGGGCAAUAGUUUUAUUUAUUGAAGUUUAUGGUGUUUUUUUUACUGUAAUUUAUCAUCUUUCAUCUUCGAUCAUGCAUUUUGACAGUACGAGUUCUUUUGUUGUAGAUUAGAAUUUUCAAGGUUUUGAUUGAUGGAAGAUUGUUAGAGAAAGCUGAAUGUCUUUUAAGAGUUUAUUUGACAGAUAGAGACAAAAAUCAAAGUCUUAAGGGAUUUAACAACCUAGGUAGUAAAGUGAUCUGAAUAUUCAGGUAUAUAAAGAAAAUAAUUGGAGAAUUUAACCAAGUUGAAUUAAUAAUGAUGAUAGUAAAAUAUUGCCAAUUGUGAUAAAAUUGUAUAUAUAAAUGGAAAGAAUAAUACAUAAGAUUGGAGAAUUUUUAGUAAUGUAAUAUAUGAAAUAAUUUUACGGUGAAGAUUUUCAUGUUAAUCAUGUUGAUUAAUAAGAUAUUUUAAUUAUUCCAUUUUAUGUAUAUUGUAGUACAGGUUUAUGAUACAGCCAAUGUAUUCCUUUUGUUUCUAGUUAAAAGUUGUGCAUUAUACAGCUAUUUUCUAAAAUGCACUUUUCUGUAACUGAAUGAAUAAAUGAAAGGUUAUUGAAUCAACAUUCCUAAGUAUUCCAAGUUUAAGUGACAUACUCUAUACGAAGAACUGUUUUAUUAUAUACAAAAAACACUUUGACAGACUU